AUGGCAUCAAAAAUGAGUCGAUAUCCAAGUAAACGUAUGGCUGAAAAUUAUUUGGUCAUCUGGGUCGAUGGAAAUAUCGACAUGGCAAAUCAAGAUUGCCAAAAUACAAUGGAACAAUUACGUGCUGUCGUUAACCAAGUGAAGCCAUGUGAGACAGCUGAACAAUGUAUACAACAGCUCACAAAAAAUCAAGAGGAGAUCUCAUUUGUUAUCUCUUCCGGUGAACUUGGACAAUAUUUGGUACCAGAUAUUCAUGAUAUGGCAAAAUUAAAUGCCAUUUUUAUAUUUUGUGGUAAUAAACAAUGGCAUCAAGCAUGGGCGCAAAAUUGGCCGAAAAUCAAAGGUGUUCACACCUCAAUCAAACAUAUUUGUGACAAACUGGCAACAGCAAUCAAACAAUGCAAUCAAGAUCACAUGUUGGAAGAAGAGGAAAUUCUCUUCUCCAUGCACGCCGUCUUUCGCAUUGGUGAAGUGCGAAAACUUGACAACAAUCGUGCACUUUAUCAAGUCGAUCUUAAACUUACGUCAGAUGAUGAUCCACAACUUCGUGAAUUAACUGACUUUAUACGACAAGAAGUCGACGGCACCGGAUGGCGUCGAAUCGGUAAAUUGUUACUCAAAAUAGGUCAAUUCGACAAGGCCGAAGAACUAUAUAUGGCACUACUAGAACAGGCAUCGGAUGAUAGUGAUAGAGCAGAUAUUAGUAACAUGCUUGGACGGGUGAAAAAAGACCAAGGGCAAUUCAAAGAAGCAGUUGCAUUUUACGAACAAUCUCUGCAAAUCUACCGAAAAACUCUCCCCGGAGAUCAUCUUUCAUUAGCUACUAUGUACAAUAAUAUUGCUCAAGUGGGCUCAUUCUCAAAAGAGAUACAAUUUCUUUUUGUAUAUAAUUAGCA